GGUUGAGGAUGCUGCAGGGAGGUGAAGCUGAGUGGGAACGGUCUCUGCAGUUCCCCGCGUGUGGCAUGUUGUGCCACGCAGACGUCAUUGCUCUGUGGCUCUGCCCUUAGUUACUCUGUCUGCGACAGAAGACUCUCUAGGAUGUCCAGAUCUUUUUAUCUGCAAUCUGAGGCAGGUGGCAUUUCAAGGCAUGAAUUUUCCUGAUUUCAUGAGAUGAGCUUUGUUUGUGAUGUUUCCCAAGGACGCUAAACCCCACCCCCCCGCCCCCAGCCAGAAGGGAAUCCACCGCCCACUGCCAGACUGAACCCCACCGACGUGACAGCGCUUCCAUCCCGCUGGCCCAGUCCGAGGCAUUCCUAACAGACCUUUUGGAUAAAGUCUGUGAGCGAAUGAACGACUACAAGCUUGAAGAAGACCCUGUGACCAAGGAGAGAACUUUCAAGAGAUUCGCUCCAAGGAAAGGAGACAAAAUAUACAAGGAAUUUAAGAAAUUCCAUUUUUAUUCUGAUGCUUACAGACCUUUGAAAUUUGCGUGUGAAGCCAUAAUAGAAGAGUAUGAAGAUGAAAUAUUCUCACUUAUCGCCCAGGAGGCACACUAUCUAACUGACAAGCUGUGCAGUGAGAAAUCAGGUCUGUGUGAAACUUCUACUAAUCAUACUGACCUCUAGGAAUGAAUGACAUGCUGCCAGUUACGGGAGAGGAGUAAAGUCACAGCCCAGAGGUCGAUGUCUGCGUUUCAUGUUUGUGUGUUGUCUUUCGUGAUUAGAAAUUUUGUCUUUUGUUUGUGCCAUGCUCAUCUCAUGUAUGGUAUUUUUUUUUUUUUGAAAAUCUGUUGUUUGGCAUCAUGACAAACUACGAGUCUUUCUAUAGGUGAAGCCGAGGAGUACAUAAAACUGAAAUUACCUUUGCAGAUUUCGAUAAAAACAGGCUUGGCAGUAAAGCACUUAAUUCAGCACUGGGGGAAAAAAGUGAAGCCAUUUCAUAAACAAAAUACUGAAUACUUUGUAGCAAAUGUAUAUGCGCCUAUGCAAGUGUAGUGUGCCAUUUGAUAAGAACUUGAUUUCAUUUCUCAAAUACUUUAUUGGCCACGAAUUUAAGGAAAUGUCUUGCAACAAAUUCCAAAUUUGGUCUUCUUCUGGGUUAGAUAUGGCUGUUGGUUAAAGAAACAAGCCUCCUUUUUAUCAGAAAUGAAAUUUAAAUUUCUAAAAAACCAUAAGUUUAAAAACUUAUUUAUGUCUAAAAUUUAGCGGAAUGCAUAAAAAUAAUGAAUAUUUUACAGUGAGCAAUAAUUAUAUUGGUCUCUCUUAAGCAUGCAUUCUGAGUUCAAAUGAUUUAGGAAGUUGAUUUAUUAUUAUAUCAUAUAUUAAAAGAUGACGCCGCUAGUGACCACGCUUUGUUUUACUCCGAACUCUUUUUUUUUUUUUUUUUUUGUAAAGAUUUUUGGCUAACAUUUAAUGUGUAGAUUUUACUACUAAAUAACCAAUCAUUCUUCUACAGGGAUAUUUUCUGGAGGUGUGGAGAUGGAAGAGGGGGUGGGACUUAGGGGGAAAUUACCUUUUGACCGCACGUAACAUAAUACGCAAUGUAGUAACAGUCACUCUUGCACAUUUUAUUAUCUCUGUUGAAUUUCCCUUCAGUGGAAUCCAACUUUAAUUAUUUAAAAUGUCAAGGCAUAGUCUACACCUGUUUUUUAAAAAUCCUCCUUAUUGUGCAUGAGAAUCGAGUGGGUCACAUGAUGCAAAUUCGUCCUGUCUAGACUAAAACUGUUCUCCAUGUUGUUACGUAAUUGCCUAGAAAGCACACUGCGUAUGGUUCAGCUGACUCCAGCAGGAAACAAUUCGUAAAUUUAGGAAAAUUUACCAAAAUUAAGGGGAAGAGAUUUCCAACCCCCUCCCCCCACAACCUCACUUUUAUUAAAAUUCAGAUUUUAAGUUAAUGUCACUUAGUUAUUUGGAAAACUGAUAAAAUGUGUGUUUUUUUUGGUAUGUCUGCAACUGCUUAAGUAUAUAUAGACCCUCCACAGCCCAAUGAGCUUGCAAGCUAGCUGAUAACAGUGGGCAUAGCAUUUAAGGAUAAUUAGCUCUGUUUUCCAGUAGGGUAGUAAAAUUAUUAUUUAAAACAUAGUCCAGAUAUCUUCAUUUAAUGUAUCUAUCUAAGAUUAAUUUGGCAUGUGAAAUAGUAAGUCAUAAACCUUUUCCUAAUGUGGCCUUUCUUGGUAAAUGGCCUAACCGGGAACAUUGUUUCUUAAAACAUUGGUGACCUUCAGCAGAACAUGUUGGAAACAGUGGCAUUGAGUAAGCAUCUGUGAUAAAUGUAGCAGCUAUAAUAAUUGUGGACAUGUCACUGGCUUGUUUUUAUACUCUCGUUGUCAGGCAUUAAAAAUUCUCAAAUACAGACUAAUGCUAAUGCUAAUCAUAGAGGUUAAGAAAAUGUGGGCUCCUGUUUGUAACCUAAACAGACACGGAGAGGUGGGCCUUUCCACUGAGGCAUGCUUUUCCUUAAUGCUGAUGUUUUGCUUUGAAUGGAGAGAACCAAGCAUCUUGACUUUUUUAGUGAAUAUCUAAUGUCUUGCUAAAUACCAUUUUCUUUUUUUUUUUUUUAUUUCCCAGGAAAAAUGGUCUUGAGUCUUGUAAGAUUUUUAAUUUCUCAUGACUCGGAUAUUUUUUUCUUUCCAGAUCAAGCCUGCUAAACUAAUAUAAAUAUUUGCCAUUUACUAAGUUACGGAUUGGAAUCCCAUCUGAGUGAUAACACACAAGCCACUGGAUUUCUCGUGGCUGCGCUGAUUCCUCAGUUUCCCUCCAUAUCAUUGGUAGGUGGCCCUGCUCUGCCAAUGAACAGGAAUGAGGUAGAGUAGCUUCUCAAUCUAACAUCUUUCCUCACCUCAUUCCUGCCUUUUAAGUGAUAUUCAUUGACCCCAAAAAAUAAAAACAAAAAGCCAGGAAAAAAAAAAAAAAGAAACUACGGAAACAAAAUCCAAAGAAACAAAGAAACACUAGGGUGUGAGAGAAAACUCUCUCAGAGUUGAUGGAAAUCUACCCAAAUCUAGGUCCAAGAAAAGUUCCUUAAGAAACAUGGGGUGGAGAUAUAAUAGGUAUUAAAAUAACAAGGAGAAAACACAGGUUUGAGGCUGGAUGGUUUCGAACUGUACUUUUAUGAGAUGGUUUGUCUGGGUCUCCAGGAAGACUUGUGCACCUGCUCUCGUAAAGAUAAGACCAGAUUGGCUGAGAUGCAGAGUUUAUUUUUUUGUGAUGUGGAUUACUGUUUGCUACGAAUAAGCCAAGACCAGUGAAUCCAUUUCACUGAGGAUUGGAAAGUGGAAUUGAGCCAAAGUCCCAAACGGGGAAGAUCAAUACUUUAUUUAGGAAGACAAGCCCUGGUUCUAUUUUUCAUAUCUAUUUCUCAGUUUAGGUUGAUAUUUAUUCAUAUAUAUGGUAACUUUAUCUAAAUAAAAAUUUUGAACUAUGCAUCAGUCUAAAAAUUCAGAUUGUGAUGGAAUGUGAGAAAAAGCCAUUCUCUGAGGUGAUUUUGUGGUGUGUUUUAAAAUUUGAUACGAAUGUGUGAGUUAACCUUCAAUGUGUCGAAUCCCGCUUGGUAGCAUGUUGCAUAGUUUGAUGCCAAUAUAUAAAUAAACGAUAUUAAAUCGUCACAAUCGAAAUA